AUGGCUCUCGUUUCGCGACAUCUUGGACGGCUGUGUACUAGACUGACCAGCUCUGCUUCAUCGAGUGUACAGAGCAGACGAUCACUUUGUGACAACACAAUCAUCGAUCCUUCAAUUGGUCUGAACAGCAGUGAGAAGCAAAUCCAAACAACGGCAUAUCAGUUUGCGCUGAAGGAGUUUCGGCCGUACAUGAAGGAAUGGGACGAGAAUGAACACUGUCCGCGCGAUCAGCUGUGCAAGGCGGCCCAGUUGGGCUUUGGAGCACUGACGGCGUCAUCAGAUUUUGGCGGCUCUGACCUGUCCCGCCUUGAAACCAGCCUCAUCAUCGAAGCACUCUCCCAGGGAUGUGUGUCCACUACGGCCCUUCUCAGCAUCCACAAUAUGGCCGUCACCAUGCUCGACAAGUUUGGUGGGGAAGAGCUGAAAUCACGAUUUCUGCCAUCAUUGGCCAGCUUCGAGAAGAUGGCCUCUUACUGUCUCACUGAACCAAGUGCUGGUUCUGAUGCUGCCAAUCUUCUCACAUCUGCCACCAAGAAAGAUGGAUACUAUGUUUUAAACGGCAGUAAGUGCUUCAUCAGCGGUGGUGGCGAAAGCGAAGUCUACUUUGUGAUGUGCCGAACAGGUGGUCCCGGUGCCAAGGGAAUCUCCUGUAUUCUAAUUGAAAAGGGCACCAAAGGGUUAAGCUUCGGAAAGAAGGAAAAGAAGCUCGGCUGGAGCAGCCAGCCAACUCGUGCUGUGAUCAUGGAGGACUGCAAGGUGCCCGUGGCCAACUUGCUGGGCGAAGAGGGCAAGGGAUUCAACUAUGCAAUGGACGGCCUGAACGGCGGUCGACUGAGCAUCUCCUCCUGCUCCCUCGGUGCUGCCCAGUGGGCCCUGGAGGAGGCCGUUCAGUACUGCUCCGAUCGGAAGCAGUUCAACCGAGCACUGAUCGACUUUCAGAACACGCAGUUUAAGCUGUCCAACUACGCCACCGAGCUGCUCGCCUCACGCCUGCUGGUGCGCGCUGCAGCCCGGCGAAUGGACGAAGAUAGCGGCAAGUCGGAGGAGACUGACAUUGACAACCGCCACAUCCCACUGCCUUCCAUGUCUGCUGCCGGCAAGCUGAUGGCCACGGAGAAGGCCUUCACCAUUGUGGACGGCUGCUUGCAGAUGCUAGGCGGUUAUGGCUACCUUAAGGACUUUGGCAUACAGCAACUACUUCGCGACUGCCGUGUUCACCGAAUUCUCGAGGGUACCAAUGAAAUCAUGCAGCUUAUUAUUGCACGCGACUUUUUGAAAGGUUAA